UACAUGGACUAUGGUUGAGUUCCAAGAGCUCUUGGUCAACUAAAAUGUAGUAAACUCUCCCUUAUUGUACACAAAACCUCAACAUGGGACCCAAACUCUGAAGCUUUAUCAAUAAGGGGCAUGUACUAAUGAAACUUACUUCCAACGAGAAGUUCAGUUUUCAAUAUGGGGAAGAGUUAUGGGAUACGAGGUCGUUUGGUAUGGCAAAUUGCCACUGUUUUUCUAAAGUUGAUGUUAAUUUCAUGUGUUGAAGCAAGAAUUCAGAGUUACAAAUGGAAGGUGAAAUAUGAGUACAAGUCUCCGGAUUGCUAUGAGAAGCUGGUGAUCACUAUAAACGGGGAAUCACCAGGACCAACCAUUUUUGCAGAGCAAGGGAACACUGUGGUUGUUGAGGUGGACAACUUGUUGGUUACUGAGAACCUUGCUAUUCACUGGCAUGGGAUUCGUCAGAUUGGGAGCCCUUGGAGUGAUGGGGCUAACGGAAUAACACAGUGCCCUGUACAACCUGGAGAGAAAUUUGUGUACAAGUUUGUGGUCGAUAAGGCAGGAACAUACAUAUAUCAUGCACAUUAUGGGUUGCAGAGGUCGUCAGGUCUAUACGGUUCUAUUCAUGUAAUCCCUUCUGAUGGAGUCAAAGAGCCAUUUUCUUAUGAUAGGGAACACACCCUCCUUAUCAACGAUUGGUGGCACAAGAGCUCUGCUGAGCAAACCGCUGGCCUCUCUUCAAUCCCUUUUCGAUGGGUCAAUGAACCACAAUCUCUAUUGAUCCAAGGGAGAGGUGCAUAUAAUUGUUCUUUAGUGAACAACCAAUUGAAUUCACUGGGAACGGGGAGUAUAUGCAACACCACAAAUCCUGAAUGCUCACCCCAUGUGAUUCCGGUGGUUUUUGGCAAGACUUAUCGCUUGAGGAUAGCAAGCGUCACUUCAUUGUCUGCCAUCAACUUCAUGAUUGAGGGCCAUAACAUGACCAUAGUAGAAGCUGAUGGAAACUAUGUCGAACCAGUUGUGGUCCAAAACCUCAAUCUAUACUCCGGCGAGACCUACUCUGUCAUCGUUAAAGCUGAUAACGAUCCUUCACGAAAUUAUUGGGCAGCUGUAAAUAUUCUCGGCCGAAUGCCAAAGACACCAACCGGAACUGCGGUCUUUAACUACUAUCCAAACCACCCCAAGAAGCCUCCACUUACAACCCCACCAAAUGGUCCAUUAUGGAAUGAUACCAAUUAUGCCCUGGCUCAAAGCCAAUCCCUUAAGGCUCUCAAAGGCUUCAAUCCUGGACCACCCUUCAGUUCUGAUAGAGCCAUAAACAUGUUCUUCACACAAAACAAAAUUGAAGGCUUCAGCAGGUGGUCUAUAAAUAACUUCUCAUUUGUUCUCCCUAGCACCCCAUAUCUAAUUGCCCUUAAGCAAAACCUACCCCACACUUUUGACCCUACCCCACCUCCUGAAAAAUAUGAUCUUCAAAAUUAUGAUAUCCAUCUUCCACCUAAAAACCCAAAUGCUUCCUACAGUGAUUCUAUCUAUAGGCUAGAUUUCAAUUCUACCAUAGAUAUAAUAUUGCAAAAUACAAAUAUGUUGGAUCCAAACAAGAGUGAGACACACCCUUGGCACCUACAUGGGCACCAUUUCUGGGUUUUAGGUCAUGGAAUUGGGGUUUUUGACCCAGUUAAUGACCCUAAGAAGUAUAAUUUGGUGAAUCCUGUUGUGAAGAAUACAGUUCCUGCAUUUCCUUAUGGGUGGACCGUGAUCCGGUUUAGGGCUGAUAAUCCUGGGAUAUGGGCCUUUCAUUGUCAUGUUGAGGCCCAUUAUUAUUUAGGCAUGGGGGUGGUGUUUGAGGAAGGGAUUGAAAGGGUUGCUCGUCUUCCUAAAUCUAUUAUGGGCUGUGGGAAAUCAAAAAGACUUGCGAGACCUUAAAGGUGCUAAAUGGAUUACUGUGAAUCAGUAGGAGUGUAAAUACUUUUGUGGUCAUGUUAGGAACGUAACUCUGGACAUCACGUUGUGAAGCUCCUUCGCCAGCACUCUAGAGAUUAAUCAUGAGCUUAAAGA